AGGCGGCGUCGUGUUUCAGCAUGAGCGGGACUUUGAUUUCUGAUCGCUGACACUAAAGUUUUGUGAUUAUCUCAAAUAGCUGUUUUUUUUGUUUACCAGACAUGGCUCUACAGAUUGAAGCGGAUUUACCACCUGACUUUGCAUGUCUGAAAAAUGUUGAAGCCCUGCUUCGGUGUCCCAUUUGCUUCGACUUUCUCAAUAUUUCAAUGAUGACUAAAUGCUCUCACAACUUUUGCUCCUUGUGCAUCAGAAAAUUCUUUUGCUUUAAGUUGCAGUGUCCAGUUUGCAAUACACAAGCAACUGAACAAGAUUUAAGAACCAACCGUUUAUUGGACGACUUGGUCGUAAACUUUCAAGCUGCAAGACAGCAGUUGUCAAAGGCACAUUUUGAAUCUCCUCCGAUAUCGCCAAAGACCCCAGCAUCAGCUGUCAAAUGCAAAACUCCCAGAGAGAGGGGCCAGAAGUGUAACAGCUCUGUUUUGAGUCACUUUUUCCAAAAGAGGCCUAAAACAUCUCCCACAAAGGAAUCCCAGCGAGAUGGUUCUGUUGCUCAGUGUGCUCAGCAGAGGAAAACACAGACUGCACACACCCACAAUGCAAAUGACGCUGACCUACAUUCAGCAACUGCUCAGCUUCCAGUGGUUGUGAAGGAAGAGCCGAUGGAUGUGGAGGGGGCAUCUAUCCAGGGUUUGACGUCAGUCAAACAGGAAGCCGGAGUCUCACACAGUACCAGCACCGGGGUUGAGAUGGCGCAUUCCUCAUCACCAUCAAAAGACGUUAAGCCUGUAAUCAAAGUGGAGUGCCCAGUGUGUUCUGUCAGUGUACCACAGCAGUUUAUCAACAAGCAUCUGGACACAUGUCUUACCAGAGGAGAGAAGAAGGAAAGCUUGAGAAGCUCCCUUGGCAACGCUAGGCGUCCAAUGACAAAGCUAGUGUACAACCUGCUUUCAAUGCAGGAGCUGAAGAGGAGGCUGAAGGAGUGCCAUCUCUCAAUGCAGGGUUCUCGAGACCAGCUGAUCAAAAGACACCAGGACUUUGUCCAAAUAUACAAUGCCCAGUGUGAUUCACUAAACCCCAAAUCAGCUGAAGAUAUUGCCAAAGAGUUGGAGGCCAAUGAGAAGAUAAGGAAUCAACUGCAGGGGAAAGCCAGACCUGUCAUGGUUUUCGCAAAGAAUCAGUCUGAGAAGGAGAUUGAUGAGAUACAUUCAAAUUACAGGAAGCAGCACAGCAGUAACUUUUCCCGCCUGAUUGCACAGGUCCGGUGUCGCCUAGAAACCACCAGGCAGACUUGUAUCAAACAGGAAGUCAUUAUUGAAGGAGAAGAUGUACAGAAAACACACUCUGAAGAUCAAGUUACAGAAUCAAAAAGCUGCUCAGUGAUGAAGGUGGAAGACAUAGAAUCUGACAAGGAGCCAUCUACGAGAAGAAUUGAAUUGUCAUCCAGCCCCACCUACAGUGACGUGUCCGUCAGCAGUUCUAUUUCUGACAUCUUUGGUCCAGAGCCUGCCAGUCACCCUGAAGAUACAGAGAGGACCUUAGUCCAAAAGCGGACAUCAAGAAUGAGAGGAGACGAAGCAGCUUCAUCACUCGUCAGUGGGAAGCGACGGCGCAAGACGUAAGGAUUGAUGGAGGAAAGGGAGGGAGAAAGGAAAAACAUCUCUCACCUAGCAGAUAAAUAACAAUAAACUGAUUGCUCAAUUUCAAGCAUAACAAGAAGUGAUCUUUAUGCACAUUCCUGUCAAGCAUUUCAUUUUUUUGAUUUUCUGAAGUUGGACUCUUCAGCAUGUCAUCGUACAAAUACAUUUAGUAUUUUUACAUACUUUUUGUUCUUGUCAUCCAUGAUGAGCUAUGGCCCCCAAAAUGUCAUCAGGAUACAUGAUGAGUAUGAAGGCUAUAAAAUCAAUACUUGAAUCUAUUCAAACACUAUUAAGUUUCGUAAAAAUGUAGUUUCUAGGUUUAAAAUGUAUGCAUUUUUACUUUGUGUUUAUAGACAUAAGCAGACAUUUACAGUAUUUUUACUUGUAACCAGUGUUCCAGUCAAUAUAUAGUAUUCUAUUGUAAUGUUUAUCCACAUUAUAUAGUAUUUUAUUAUUUUCUUAAUCUAAAUUUUUUUCUUCUUUAUAACAUGUUAUGUGG